CUCUACUCUAUGUUCUUUCUCUCUCUAAGUUUUGUUUCUCUCUCUAGGCUCGAAUACCUGUUUCCGUGCCCUUGAUUCUUGCUCCCGAAGUUUUCAGACUUCACGCGACAUUUUCCCCCUUCCAUCUGGAAUUCUCUCUCUCUUCUCUUCUCUCUCUAACCUCCUCCAAGUUUCAGAGCAGGAGCUCCUUCAUUUCUCUCUCUCUGUCUCUCCCUCCUGUGUCCUCGUGAACUACUGGAAAUGGACGAGACAGCCCUAGGCUUAAGGGCCUCUGCUAAUGCUUUCUUAUCACAAUACGAGCCUUUGACCCUCGUCCUUACCCCCGUAGUGGGGCUAUUGGUUGCAAUUCUUCUUCAUUUUAUCAUUCAUUUCUUACUUGAAAAUGGGAUAAAGCGAUCAUUCGUGGGACUGAUAAUGGGAGCUGUUAAGUUGGUUCCUGGUGUAAACAAGUAUAUUGAAGGGGAGAAACAAAAGGUAGUUGACAAGUUACAGUCUGGCAUAAAAUGUAAACGAGAGAGUUGGCAAACUGAACUGCCACAUAUUGGACUUGGGAGAGAAGUCAUAGGGAGGUUGACAUCUCAGAAAGAAAAAGAUGUGAACUGGCAAGGCAGAUGCUCUGGUACAGUCUACAUUGGUGGGCACGAAUCUGAAGGACACUUUCUUUUGACAAAUGAGGCCUAUUCAAUGUUUUCACAUACCAAUCCAUUGCAUCUGGAUGUUUUCCCAAGCAUUGCUCAGUUUGAAGGAGAAGUAGUUGCCAUGACAGCUUCUCUACUUGGCAGCAAAGAGGAGGCUUCUGGAGGUCAAGUUUGCGGUAACAUGACUUCAGGAGGAACUGAAAGUAUAUUGCUUGCUGUUAAGACCACUCGUGAUUACAUGAAAAUAAAAAAGGGAAUAAAAAAGCCAGAGAUGGUGAUUCCUGAAUCUGCACAUUCAGCAUAUGACAAGGCUGCACAAUAUUUUAACAUUAAGCUGUGGCGGGUCCCUGUAAAUGAAGAAUUUCAGGCAGAUGUCAAGAAGAUAAGGCGUUCUAUUAACAAGAACACAAUUAUGAUUGUUGGAUCUGCACCAGGGUUUCCUCAUGGUAUUAUUGAUCCUAUAGAAGAACUUGGAGAAUUGGCAUUGAAUUUUGGUAUUUGUUUUCACGUGGACCUAUGUCUUGGUGGUUUUGUGUUGCCUUUUGCUCGCAAGUUAGGGUACCCACUUCCAUGUUUUGAUUUUGCUGUUCAAGGAGUAACAUCAAUAUCAGUAGACGUGCAUAAGUAUGGGUUAGGUCCAAAGGGAACAAGUGUGGUGCUUUAUAGGAAUCGUGAAAUUCGAAAGGCGAAUUGCUGUUUGGAUCCACAGCACCAAUUUGUUGCUGUUACAGAAUGGUCAGGGGGACUUUAUGUUUCUCCUACUGUGGCUGGUAGCAGGUCUGGUGGGUUGAUUGCUGGAGCUUGGGCAGCUAUGAUGUCUCUAGGAUUGGAAGGGUAUAUGGAACAUACGAGGGUGCUUAUGGAAACAUCCAAGAGAAUUCAGAAUGGGAUAAAGGAAAUCUCAGAAUUAUUCAUCAUUGGAAAGCCCCAUAUGACAGUAAUAGCAUUUGGAUCAAAGGUGAUAGAUAUUUUCAAAGUUAAUGAUGUUAUGUCAUCCAAGGGUUGGCACUUAAAUGCCCUGCAAAAGCCAAGCAGUGUGCAUAUCUGCGUAACCCUUCAGCACACACCUGUUGUUGAGGAUUUCUUGAUAGAUUUAAAAGAAUCCGUGAAAAUUGUUAAAGAAGAACCAGGAACAAUUGAAGGUGGCCUUGCUCCCAUUUAUGGAGCUGCCGAGAAAAUGCCUGAUAGAGGAAUGGUUCAGGAUUUGAUUGUGGCUUUCAUGGAUAGUACUUGUUAGCUUUUCUGUGGAUUCAUAGCUCAAAUUGUGGUUCUUUGUUUUCCUAUCCAGAGCCUGGUGAGUGGUUCAUUUGAAUACAACUUAUGUAAUCUUUCAUUUGUUCAUUUGAAUUUUGUCUGACCAGAAUGGUUAUAAAUUAAGCCAUGUUAUUAUUGUAGUGAAAUCUUGUAUAUUCAGCAAUAAUUCAGUAUAUCAUUGUGCUUAUGCGAACAAA